AUGUAUAUCCUAACUUUGCAGGACGAGUUAUCUCGUUACGCACUUGCUAUUGCAUUAUCUUCUACUGACGCUCCAACUGUAGCACAGGCAUUCGUCGAAUGUUACGUAUGUACAUACGGAAUUCCGAAAUCAAUUCUAACCGAUUGUGGAACAAACUUUUUAUCCGACGUUUUUAAAGGCAUGUACAAGCUAUUGGACGUUAAAAAGAUUCAGACAACGGCAUGGCACCCACAGGGAAACGGGUUUUUGGAAAGGUCACAUAAUACUUUAAAAGCUUACUUACGUAGCUUCGUAGACAAAGACAACAAUUGGGAUAAACUCCUAUGUUACGCAACUUUUUGCUAUAACACGACGGUUCAUACCUACGUCGACUAA